AUGGCACAUUUAAUAUUUUUAUUCGUAAUUUUAAUCAACAAUAUUUUUUUUAUUGAGUGCCAAAAUCAAAUUACCAAUAUUAAACCAUCUCCAAUAAACUUUGGUGACUACAUAACUAUUUAUGGAUCUGGAUUUGAUAAGGAGGAUUUCGUUUUAUCUUUUUCAAAUGAAAGGGGCAAAUAUUUAUUUCAAGGAGUUGAUAUGGUGGAUUCAAACACAAUUUUAAUUAACCAAGAAAAUUGGAACAUUGAGCAAUUUUGUGGGGAUGGACAAAUAUCUUACAGUCCAGUUUUGGGAGAAAGUAGUUUUUAUCCAGUUACAUUUGCCUACCCCUUUGUUCAAUUUUUACAUUAUAAUGCCAUCUCUGGUUUAAUCACUAUAAACGGAACAUUUACAACCAAAUAUCCAAUUUAUUUAAGAAAUUACACAUUUGUAGAUCCCUUAGAACCCAGUUCAGCAAGUUCAGAGCAAUUAAUAUUCAAAGAUUACCCAAGAAUUGUUUCUGGAAGUGCUUCUUUACAAAUAGAUAAAACAGAGUAUAUCUUACCAAAAAGAGUAUAUACAAAUUAUCUUGCAACGGAUCUUGUUUUCAUUCCUAUCAAAAGAGAAUCAGAUAUUGUUGUAGUGGAGGGGAAAUAUUUAACUUAUGAUAAACAUGGGGUUCCUCAAUAUUCUAUUGGAAUUGUCAAAGAUGAUGAAUUACCAAAAGUAUAUAGUUGUAGAAAUAUAGUUUCUACUUUUUUGGGUAAUCAAAGUUAUAGAGUAACAUGCGAAAAAGAUAUAUAUGGUAAAAGUAUAAGAUGGCUUUUCAAUCACCUAUUUAAUGGAUUCUCGAUGUCGACGGUUAUUCCAUAUAUACCGCCUACAAUUAUAAGUGUUUCAUCCACUUUUUUCAACGAACCCGCUGUUGUGACUAUUUCUGGUUUUUCAUUAUGCCCAUCACCAAAUAUUACAAUCGGUAAUAGCAGUUGUCAAGUUACAUCCUCUGAUGAUUGGAAGAAGGGAAAGUUAUAUUGUAUGUUUCAGUCAGAUGUCGCCUUGGUGGAUAACCAGCCAUUAACAGUUAAUGUAUCAUGUGACGAUAAUUCUAUUGCCAAUAUAAUUACUUUUGGUACUGCCGAUAUAUUUCUUUAUUCACAGGAUGAAUGUUAUAUCGGUGUAAAUAAUCUUGUUUGUUCUGGUAAUGGUACUUGCACUUCAAAUAAAAAAUGCCAAUGUAACAAUGGUUACUCAGGUUCAGAUUGCUCUAUAGUUUCAACUGUUCCACCACCGCCUCCAAUUAUCGACAACACUACAGCUAUUAUCGAAACAACAGAAUCUAAAUUUCAAAUUGGUAUUGUUCAAAUCAGAGAAAUGGAUAUAUACAAUAAAGUUUUUAAAUCAUAUAAUUUAACAGAUAAAUAUCAAAGAUGGGAAUUAGUAUCAAAUGAAAAUAGAUACCAAUAUGUUUACGGUACUACAUUAAAAAAUGGCGCCGAAAUUAAUGUUCAAAUGUCUAUUAACAAUAAUUCAGAAAGUUCACAACAACAUGACUUUCUUGGUGAUAUAAUUACAAUUUUACCAAACUCUAUAAAAUAUCAAAUAGAAAUUACAAAGUGGAAAUCAAACAGUAGUCUAAACCAGAUUCAAUUAAUUUUUCAAACUGAUAUUUCCUCAUCAGUAAAUCAAGAUUGUGGGGAAAAUUUAAUUAAUAGUGAAAAAAAGGUUCAAAUGCUUGGUGAUACAAUCAGAUCAGUCGAAUUAACACUAGUAAACGGUCAAACAUUGGUUGGAACCUUUUCAUCUCGUAUGCAUGUGGAUGGUAGAGUCGUUCAAAGUCAAACCAAGAUUUUGUCAGAUGAAGAUUCAAUCGGUAUCCCAUCAGUUUCAAAAAAAAAUAAAGAACAUAACCAGGCUUCUUUUACCUCAGUAACCUUCAAUAGUUUCAACGAGAAGGUAAUAAUCGACCCUAAUUUUGGUGUUUUACUUAAAGACUAUCAAAUAUCUAAAUGUAAUAAAUUUGCAAAUUGGAAAAUAGCAGUUAUUAUUGUUUGCGGUGUUGUAGGUUUAGCUUUAAUCAUUUUGGUAUCUUUAUUAGUUUAUUCAAGGUUUAAAAAUAAUUCAAAGAUAAUAUCAAUAAGGUUAAAAAUGAAAAAUUUUACAAAAUAA